AUGGCUUUCUGGAAUGUGGCAGGGUUGAGUAAUAAAGAUAAAGAGUUCUGGGAUGGUUUAAAAGAGUGGGAUGUGAUGUUCUUAUUGGAGACAUGGGCGGACGAAAAAGGGUGGGAAAAGAUAAGAGACAGGGUACCAAAGGGCUAUGAGUGGGGGGUACAAAAAGCGAGUAGGAAAAAUAGAAAAGGUAGGGCGAUGGGAGGAAUGAUUGUAGGGAUAAGAAAGGAGUUAGGUGAUAAAGGACGUAAAAUAGUAGAGUUAGGCGAAGGUUUAAUGUCGGUGGAAAUAAAGAUAGGGAGGGAAAGCUGGAGAAUAGUAGGAGUAUAUAUAAAGGAAGAAGGAAGAGAAGGGGCAAUGCAAAUAUUAAAACAGGUUAUGGAAUCAAAGGAGGGGGAUAAGAAGGUGAUUAUUGGGGGGGAUUUUAAUGCAAGAACUGGUAGAGAAGAAGGAGGGGGAGAAGAGUUGGAUAGUGAGGAAGAGGAAAAUCAGGUUAGGAGAAGGUCUAAGGAUAGUAAGGUAGAUAAAGAGGGUAGAAAGCUGUUAGAAUUGAUAGGAGAAUGUGGAUGGGAAAUCUUAAAUGGCAGAAUGGUGGGAGAUGAAGAAGGGGAGUAUACGUAUGUAGGGGGGAAAAGGGAGCACAUAGUGGCGGAGGUGAAGAGUGAGGAUAGAGAUGCAAAUAAAAAGGGGAAAGGUAGGGUGAUAAGGGGGAUUUGGGAUGAAGAGGGUAGAGAAAGGUUUAGAGGGAUAAUAGAACGAGGGAUGGAGGAGGAGUUUGAACAGGAGGUGAAUGAGGAGUGGGAUGGGAUGUUGGGUAAAAUCAAGGAGGGAGUUGAAGAGAAGGGUGAGGAGGGAUUUAAGGAGGUGGAGGAGGGGGUUAAAGGUGAAUACAUAGAAAGGAAAAGAGAAUUUAGGAAGAUAUGUGAAAGGAAGAAAGAGGAGGAGAAUAGAGUGUGGAGAAAAGACAGAGAAGCUAGAAAUGAAUCAGUAUGGGAGAUAGUAAUUAAAGAUAGGAAGAAGAAAAAAAGGGUGAAUGAAGGGAUUGGAAUGGGAGAAUGGAAAGAAUACUUUAUGUGUUUGUUAGGUGGAGUAGAAGCAAGAGUAGUUAGAGGAGAGGAGAGAAUAGGUAGAGAAAGCUGUGGGAGUGAGAAAGAACAGGUAAUUAGCAAGGAGGAAGUGAGAAGGGUGGUGAAUAAUUUAAAAGUAGGAAAAGCAGGUGGAUUAGAUGGAAUUCCAAAUGAUGUGUGGAGAUGGGGGGGUGGAAGGAUUGAGGAGUGGAUGGUGAAGUUUUUGAAUAGAAUAUGGAAGGGGGAAGAGUGGCCAGAAAAAUGGAAGAAAGAGGUAGUGAUGCCGAUAGUGAAGAAAGGGGAGGGGAAGCAGGCAGAUGAGGCAUAUGCAGAUGACUUAGUAGUAAUAGCAGAUGAUGAAGAUCAGAUGAGAAGUAUGUUGGAAAGGCUAGAAAGGUAUUUAGAUGAAAAGAAUUUAGUGUUGAAUGCAGAGAAGUCGAAGAUGAUGAGGUUUAGAAAAGGAGGAGGUAGGGAGAGUAAGAGAAGUUGGUGGUGGAAAGGGAUAGAAGAGGUGAAGGAGUAUUGUUAUCUAGGAUAUGUGUUACAGAAAAAUGGAGGACAAGAAGCACAGAUAAAGGGUAGAGUGAGAAGAGCGGCGGCAGUGAUGGGUCAGAUUUGGAGGAUUGGGAAGAGAAAGCUGGUAUGGACGGUUAUGGGGUACGGGGUGGAGAUAUGGGGAUGGAAGGAGAGAGACAGUCUGGAGAGGUUAGAGGAGAGAUAUUUGAGAUGGAUGAUGGGCUUGGAUUGGCACACGCCGGGAUACAUGGUUAGAGAGGAGAUGCUAAGGGAUAAAUUAAGAGGGAAAGCGGGAAGAAGGGCGUGGAAAUAUGAAAAGAGGUUGGAGGAGGGAGGAGGUAGUGAGCUAGCAAGAAAGUGUUUGGAAGAGAUAAAGCUGAGGGACAGGUCAGGAAAGGUAGGAAGUGGAUGGGAGGAGGAGAGAAGGAACUUUUGGCUGGACAGGGGAGGGAAUUUGGAAGAUCUAGAUGAGAAAAAAGGGGAGGAUAGUGCUGAGGCGGUGUUCGAAAAGGAAAGGCAGAUGCAGAAAGAAGAAAGAAGGGAAAGAAUUCUAGGUUCGGAAUAUAAUAAGUGGUACAAAUACGUAAAGGAGAAAGGCAUACCAGAAUACCUGAGAAAGGGCACCUUCUUUUUGACUACAACGGGCCUCCCUACGGGAGUGUGCUCGUUGGCUCUCCUUCGAGUGAGCUCGGCUACUGGGCCUCCUGCCGGAGUGCGCUCGACGGGCCUCGAACGGCAACGCACUGCCUCGACGGAAGAAGCCAUCCUGGCCAGCUCGGUCACCAGAGCGGCCACGAUCUCUGACCAACACUAG